AUAUAUAUAUAUAUAUAAUAAAAGCCUCAGCGUGUGCUUUCAAAGUUCACCACCGUCCACCAUAGCCUUUCUUCUCCAAAAACCCAAAAUCCUAAACCCAACAAUUCAACAGUGAUGUCGACCCCUCUCAAUCCAGACGCCUCUGUUCUUGCAAGCCUAAUGGAAUCUCACUUCAAGGAACUAGAUCUGAUCCCAGAACAGUUUCUCCAGAAGAAAGAAGAAAUGGUUCCCAUACUGGAAAACUGCUUGUCACACUCUUGCCUUGAAGAGGGUCUUGCAGAACAAAUUGCUGUCAAUAAAAGCAAUUCAGCCCAUCGGAUUAAACCCGGUCCGGUCGACUCUGCUUUCAUCAAGGACUGCGUGGGGCAGGUUCUGGUGGCCAGCAACAAACGCUUCAUCAAAAUUGUGCAUUGCUCCCUUGUCCAAGCUGGCAAGGAGAAAGAAGCUCAAGAGUACCUCGAAAAGGUGAGCCCUGCAUCCCGGGUCAAGCACUUUGAGUCCAUCAAGAUGUGGAAUUACCUUAGUCUGCCAUUCCAGGUGCUCAAGGUAAUGGAGGAUAUGGGAUUAGGCACAAAUCCGUCCAGUUUCUUCAUGCCUCCAGCACCACUUGAGGUUUUUCCCACUCCGGCACCGGGCUGGAGGCCCGGCCAAGCUAUGGCCGACGGUAACGUUCCGUCACCUUGCUUUAGAGGCUUAAUUGACAGCUUGGAUGAGGCUGGCAUUGUGCCUGAGACCGAGGACAGCCCUCCAACAGCCGUGGAGAGCAUAACCCUGUUGGAUUAGUUCUUCACGUUGGUGAGGUUACAGACCGGUCUAUGAUGGAUGCUGCAGCUGAACACAAGCAGAAGAAGGGGGUGAUGGAAGUGGAGGUCUCUGACACGGACCAAGCAUCACCCAGUUAUCCUGUUUUCUUUCUUUUUACUUUGAAGACUAAAAUCAUCCUGGUUUUGCUCUUGCGGUAUUAGAAUGAUUCGAUAUAUACUUGCAGUAUGUAUUAGGAGCCAUGACUUUAUGCAAUCCUUUUGCAUAUGUAGUUGCUGCACGGGAUAUGCAUCCUUGUUUAUGUUUGGACAUCUUUUUAACAUUGGUUGAUCCUGUUAUGAUAUAAACUGACGACCCGCCACUUCCACAAUUGCAAUCUGUUUGAUACUUGAGAAUGUAUUAUAAAUUUCAGAAGACCAAGAUUCACUAUAAAUUCUAGGAAGCAUGAUAAGUCCAAACUACAGCAUGCACCUUAUGUCUAGUCAUCGGCUGUUUUCUGUUGAUGCAUGAAGUCCUUGGGUCUGC